UGCAUGGAGUGCGUCGCAAAGGAGAGGCAAAGGCGCAAGAUUUUGCGAUUUUAUGCAGCUUAGUAGCACAUGUUGUCCGUGCUAAACAGGUGAAAGCCAGUGGAGGAAGAACAGAGUUUCAUCUUUUCAGGGGGAGGUCUACAGUCAGAUACAGUAGGGGACGUGUCGGCCGGAGCGCAGCAGCUGGACUAGUCGCGCCGGUGUCCAGUUAACGGCGCUCUGACAGGAUUUUACCGAGCACACAUUUCCUUUACAGAGUUGAAGAUGCAGGGGAAUUGGAGGAUCCUAUUCUCGCACAAAUGCAGCACCAGCUUCCUUCUGCUCUGGAUUUUCAUCGGGUUGAAUGUGCUGGAGGUGGCGGGUUCACAGCAAGGCAUCCCUCUGUCAGUUGUAAAGCUGUGGGCAUCAGCAUUUGGUGGAGAAAUCAAAUCCAUUUCUGCAAAAUAUUCUGGAUCUCAGCUACUUCAGAAGGAGCUGUGGGCUAUCACAGCGCCUCGACCAGGGACCAACUCCAGUUCUGAGGCCACCACCACGAUCAAGGUCAGCGGCAGGAUGAUGCCUAAAACCACAGUUGCGUGUCCUGGAGGGUGGGACGAGCCCAUAUCACCCAGAGGUCCACGAAAACACGGGGAGAGCGUUCAGACUGCGUUCAGAAAGAGGCUCCUGGGUUCAACCAUCACACCAACCUGCCCUGAGAAAUAUAAAGAGCUUGAAAAGUCAGUCAAGGUGGAAGAAAUCGAUGGUGUGAAACUGGUGAAAAACCUGGCAGUGAAGAUGGAGGAAAUGUUCAGGAGAAAAGCAGAGGCCACCAGGCGGCUGGUGGAAGCUGCAGAAGAAGCGCACCAUCAGCAUGAGGAUAAUCCUGAUCUGCAGUAUGAAUACUUCAAUGCUGUCCUGAUCAAUGAAGUGGAUGAGGAGGGCAAUAAUGUGGAGUUGGGAGGAGAGUUCCUCCUGGAGCCCAAUGACCAUUUCAACAACCUGUCUGUCAACCUCAGCCUCAGUGUGGUGCAGGUUCCCACCAACAUGUACAACAAAGAUCCUGACAUCGUGAACGGGGUUUACUGGUCCGAGGCUCUGAAUAAAGUGUUUGUAGACAAUUUUGAGAGAGAUCCCACACUUAUCUGGCAGUACUUUGGGAGCGCCAAGGGUUUCUUCAGGCAGUACCCUGGAGUAAAAUGGCACCCAGAUGAACACGGAGUCAUUGGUUUCGAUUGCAGAAACAGAAAGUGGUACAUCCAGGCGGCGACAUCUCCUAAGGAUGUUGUCAUCUUAGUUGAUGUCAGUGGGAGUAUGAAAGGACUGAGGCUGACCAUCGCUAGACAGACUGUCUCCUCUAUAUUGGACACUCUGGGAGACGAUGACUUCUUCAAUAUCAUUGCAUAUAAUCAGGAGAUCCACUAUGUAGAGCCUUGUCUGAAUGGCACGCUGGUCCGGGCCGACAGGACGAAUAAAGAUCAUUUCCGUGAGCAUCUGGACAAGCUGUUUGCCAAAGGCAUCGGGCUGCUGGGUGACGCUUUGACCGAAGCAUUUACAAUCCUGAAUGAUUUUAACCAAACUGGUCGUGGCAGUGUUUGCAGCCAGGCCAUAAUGCUUGUGACCGAUGGAGCGACUGAAAUGUAUGAUGAUGUUUUUGAGAAGUACAAUUGGCCAGAGAGAAAGGUGCGUAUAUUCCCUUACCUGAUUGGACGAGAGUCUGCGUUUGCCGACAACCUUAAAUGGAUGGCUUGUGCCAACAAAGGUUAUUUCAGUCAGAUCUCCACCUUAGCAGAUGUUCAGGAGAAUGUCAUGAGGUAUCUUCAUGUCAUGAGUCGCCCAAAGGUUAUCGACCAUGAGCACGACACAGUGUGGACCGAAGCUUAUGUGGAUAGUGCACUUUCCCAGGCUCAUAAGCUGAAUGAUAAAGCUGGUCCAAGUCUGAUGACGACAGUCGCCAUGCCAGUGUUCAGCACAAAGAACGAAACUAAGAAUCAGGGUAUUCUGUUGGGGGUUGUAGGAACAGACAUCCCACUGCAGGAGCUGAUGAAGCUCAUCCCCAAACAUAUGUUAGGGAUCCAUGGGUACGUGUUUGCCAUUACAAAUAAUGGCUACAUCCUGACACAUCCAGAUCUCAGGCCUCUGUAUCAGGAGGGUCAGAAGAGGAGGAAGCCCAACUACAGCAGUGUGGAUCUUUCUGAAGUGGAGUGGGAAGACAAAGAUGACAUACUGCGUAACGCCAUGGUGAACAGGAGGACAGGGACGUUCUCCAUGGAGGUGAUGAAGACAGUGGAUAGAGGGAGACGUGUCUUAAAGAUGCACAAUGAUUAUUACUACACUGACAUCAAAGGGACUCCAUUCAGUGUCGGAGUGGCUCUCUCAAGAGGCCAUGGCAAGUACUUCUUCAGAGGAAAUGUAUCAGUCGAAGCAGGGCUCCGUGAUCUGGAACAGCCAGAUGUCGCCCUGGCAGAUGAAUGGACUUACUGCAACACAGAGGAACAGCAUGAGCAUCGUCACCUGACCCAGAUUCAAGCCAUCAAGCUCUUCAUGACGGGCCGUAGACCGCAUCUCAAAUGUGACAGAGAGCUAAUCCAGGAGGUUUUAUUUGACGCUGUUGUCACUGCUCCGCUAGAGGCCUACUGGACCGGACUGGCCCUCAACAAGUCAGAGAACUCAGACAAAGGAGUGGAGAUCACCUUCCUGGGAACUCGCACCGGCCUGUCAAGAACGAAGCUGUUUGUAGCAGCAGAUCAGCUCUCCAAUCAAGAUUUCCUGACAGCGGAGGACAAGGAGGGUGUGUUUAAUGCUGAUCACUUCCCUCUGUGGUACAAGAGAGCAGCCGAGCAGGUCCCUGGCACAUUUCUCUAUUCCAUCCCCUUCAGCACAGCUCGGGAAAAUAAGAGCGUGGUUCUGGCGAGUACAGCCAUUCAGCUACUUGAUGACAGAAAGUCUCCAAUUGUUGCAGCUGUUGGGAUUCAGAUGAAACUGGAGUUUUUUCAGAGGAAGUUCUGGACAGCCUGCAGACAGUGUACAGCUCUUGAUGGAAAAUGUAGCAUCAGCUGUGAUAACGAGGACAUCAACUGUUAUCUCAUUGACAACAAUGGCUUCAUUCUUGUCACAGAGGACCAGGCUCAGACAGGGCUCUUCUUUGGAGAGGUUGAAGGUGCUGUGAUGAACAAACUUCUGCAGAUGGGCUCAUUCAAAAGGAUCACACUGUAUGACUACCAGGCUCUGUGCAGAGAAUAUGCAGGAAGCAUCGACAGUGCACGCAUGUUAUCAGAUCCUUUCUCUGUUGUCAAGUGGCUCCUGACGGAACUUGUCAUUUUCCUGUUGGAGUUUAACCUUUACAGUUGGUGGAACGUUGAUCUUUCAGUAAAAGCGCAGAGAUCUCGGGGUAAAACCAUGAUGGUGCCGUGCGACACCGAGUAUCCCGCAUUCGUCUCUGAACGCACCAUCAAAGAAACAACAGGCAACAUCGACUGUGAGGGCUGCAUCAGAUCUUUUGUCAUUCAGCAGAUUCCCAGCAGCAACCUGUUCAUGGUGGUUGUGGACAAUAAGUGUGACUGCAGCAGCGCACCCCCAGUGACCAUGGACCCCAUUGAAAUCAUGUACAACGAGUCACUAAAGUGUGACAGACUGAAGUUUCAGAAGGACAGAAAGAAGCCCGAAUCAUGUCACCCGUUCCAUCCCGAGGAAAAUGCCAUGGAGUGUGGAUCAGCGACACGUCUCUCCAGCGCUCUAACGGCAGCUCUGUUCCCUCUGAUAGCAGCGACCAUCAGCAGGUGACCAUGAAGCUGACACAGACUCAAGCAUUAAAACUGGACUCAAUCUGCAACAACGAUGCUUGUAAACACAUAGAGAACAUGGUCAAUCAGAAAUGAAUUGCUCAUACCUCUGCAAACAGGCAACGCUCUACAUCUAUUACAUUUAUUAUUAAUGCAGAAAAUAUAAACAACGUGGUGCAAAAUAAACUAAUGUGAGAGCUUAGUGAGUUUGCACAUCAUGCCACUGAGAGUUUAUCAUUUUGUCCUGACUGUGUAUUGAAAGACAAAAAAGAAAGAAAUCUGUUAAUAGCAAAUAAAAAAAAUGAAAUGAAAUCCUUUGCACAAAGGGUGACAGUAAGAUAUUAACUCUAUAUGUUUCUUUGUUGUGAGAAAAAAAAGGCUAAUGUGACAGUCUGCAGAAUGUAAAAUGCACUUUUGUCAUACAUGAAAAGAAAGAAGAACGAUUUAUAUUUUUGGCAGCAAAUUGCUAAAAGCGGGUGUCAGCAGUGUCAUAGUUCACAGACUUCAAAUGUUUAAAGUUUAUUUGCUGUUAAGUUAUUUCUGUAAAAUACCAGAGAGACAACAGUAAAUCUGAAGUUGCUUUAUUCUGUCAGUUUUGAAGCAGACAAGAUAAAGAUGCAUGAUGAAGAUGAAAGUGUUUCAAUGAAUGUUAUAUUGAUAUGUCCAUCCAUAAGUUGUCGACGUGACCACAUACUCUUAACCACAUGUUUCAGAAAGCUGAUAAAUAAAUACAAAGAAAUAUUUUCCUUCAUUUA